GUGGUUCUUGUUGGAAAACGUGAAGGGACCCCUUGCGGAAACACUCUUGUUUUCACUUUAGAAACUUGCAUUACCAACAUUGUACCAGUAGUAAGUAGCCUUAAAAACUUGCAUUACCAACAUUGUUCCAGUGGUAAGUAGCCUUAGAAACUUGCAUACCAACCUUGUAGCAGUGGUAAGUAGCCUUAGUAAUGAAAUGCUAACCAUUUGUGUCAUCUGCUGCCCACAAGUCGACUUAAUGGACACCUUUAAGGGAUACCUCUAACACCUAGAGUUGGUCCUUGUUGUACUGCAUCUUUAGAUUGAAGAUAAUCAAUAGUUGCAGGCCGGGACAAGCGAAGCCCGCAGACUAUUCUUGGCCAGCGGCGAUUUAUAAACUGUUCACGUUCUUGGAAUGCCCAUGUUUAAAUUUUCGCCUGCACUUCCUUAAGUUUAGUUGCUACUAGUUUAAAAGUUUUUAUCUUUUUAGGGGAUCAUACAUAUGUCUCGUAAGUAUUAAAGAAACGGAUGAGACACCUGUAUAAACAUUGGUUAGAAAAAUUUACUAAUUUAGGCGGGUUUUUUAGGCAACCAUCAAGACUGAAUCGCCUUGUUAUGAACUUCAGAAAGUGAGUUUUGAUGUUAGCAAUCCGUUUCCGCUGACUGGCGAGUUCCGCAUCGUGUUGGUGGAAGCUCGAAAUGCGUUUCCAGGCCCCUCGCCGCCAAAGGCGAACACUUCAAGGUCAAACAAGAAUCUCAAGGCGGUGGAAUCAAGAACAGAUCACGGGUAACUAAUGAUACUGCUAGCAGAAUAGUAAUAACACUAAUACUACUUGAUUAUCCUCUCCUCUCAUGGGGCUUUUCAGGGAUAAUGAUCCAAUAAUUCAAAUGAACAUAAUAUUGGCUAAGAAUCCCAACUGGUAGGAGGUGAACCCGCUGGCCAUUUAAAAGCGUGGCUGAGGAUUUGAACUCGGGACUACCGAGAACAAGUCCAGCUAGCGGUCAGGGCGAGACUUGAACUUAGGGCCUUCGGAUUACAAGUCCGGCGCUCUAACCGCUCGGUCACGCUGCCUUCACAGAAUAACUGACUUCUCUGUAGGUUGCAUAGUUUUCAAAAAUUAACUGUAGACUGUAAGCCAAUGAGAAGACAGAUAGUGCGUACAAUGUGUGAUUGUUGUUCUUAGUUGUUGGUGGUGCCAUUAUCGUGAAGCACCGGGUGGUAUUGCGAUUCCUUGGAUGGGAUAUCAGUGCACUGAAGGGUUACCCCCAGUAUUAUGUCGCCGGUUGCAAUUUAUAAGAAAAAAAACACACACAACCACAAGAGAGAAGCAGUGAGAGAAAUACAACACUGAACUGGAUGUACCUACCAAAUUCACCUUGCCUGCAAAGCCUUACUCGACAAGACUUUUCAUUAAUCAAGGAAGAUCCUUGUUUAGCAUGCGCUGUUUGUUGCUAGGAUUUAGUCUCGAGCUCAGGCCUUAAAGCCGUGACCUUGAUUCAGCAGGCUCAGUUAUGAACGUCCGUUUAUCAAUACAUUAAUCGGCUCGCACUCGAAAAACCAGUUUCACAAGAGAAAAAAAGAUUGACUAGUCGAGAGGUUCGCGCUGCAGUGCGGCGACAGCAACGACUCGACGCGCUUCAGGCAGAGCGUUCUUUUUUCCUUCUUGAGUAUCAAGAAGAGUGCAAAGGAUGGCAAGCCCUAACCCCCUUUCCGCCUUGUGCACUGACACUCCAAUACCUCCAAACUACACUUUCCUUGAGUUUUUACUCCUCUCUUAAAUCUUGUUUGUCGGUAGGUAAUUGAAGAGAUCUCCCAGACGAGAGUUUCCCCCAAAGCUAGAAAAACAAAGGACAGAGUCAGAUGAAGGUCGGUUGACAACGAAUUUCGGUCAUAUUUUGUGGUGUUGAGUUUGGAAUAAUCUGAUAAUGAGUCUUGACUAUUUUACCUGCACUUUAAAGUGCGCGGAUUUAUUAAGGAGCUUAAUAAGCAACGUCGACGGCAAUGGCGGCGAAUACUUCGCCCAAAAAGUAAAUUUGCGCUAUUUCAAGUUCCAACUGUUUUAAUUUGUCAAAUGUUGACGUUAGUUUUCUUUUCAGGAAUUGAAUUCUAAAGGAACGUAUAUAAGUUCACGAAAAGAAAAAGGAAAUCGUUUUGUUGUGCUCACGUCCUCCAUAAAACGUGAAAUUAGGAAGUUACACGUCGUAGUCGUGCAACUACGGCAAAGAAGUCUUUAGUAUACGCCGCCGUCGUUGUUGCCUAAGCUCCCUAUUGUCUCCUCUCAAUACCUGUGUUUAACGCAUUGGCCUAAGGCUGACGUUCCUUUAUCAGAGACCAGUAUUUCUUUGAGUUUUCUCUCAUUAUUUUGCAGUUUGAUUUGGUUUUUUGGGGUCAUUUUGACUCUAGUACUGUCAUUUCCCCUUAUUUUUUGCGUACACCCUGGAUUAACCGUCCGUAAUAGCGAGUGCCUGUAACUAGAUGAUAAAAACGUACAAAACAAAUCCUGCUGCUGCCAAAAUGCCACUCCUUGUCAGUGAAAACGAGAUUUAGGACAAUACAAUUGUGCUUUUGGGCCGUACGUCCAUAAUAAUGGGAAUUAGUUUCUGUCAAACGUCAGUAACGUUUGGCGGGAAUUGCAGCCGCUGUCGGUAUUAGCGGGGUGUCCUUCCCUCAAAAGCAAGGUGUCCACCAUACGAGAGUUGAUUGUAUCAUAAAAUAAAAGUUGUUUUAUCGUUUAGCUCCUCCAGCUCCUCUGCUGAGCGCCUUCUGGUCUCCUUCCAAGACUAUUCAUCUUGAAGCCAACAGCACUGGAACAGUAGAAAUCCACUUCCUGCCUUUUGACAUCGGCCACAGACAAUGUUCAAUUCUUUUCAUUAAUGAUCAAAUUGGCGAGUUUCUUUACUGCAUCGAAGCAAACGCCACUCUCCCUCUCCCCUCCCCCAUGCCAGUAGCAGAUUCCCCCCACAGUGUACGAAUCAGUAGUGCGGCGGCUGCCCGGACUGGCCGGGGGUUGUUUGGUGGGGAUGAGAGGGUGGUGUACUGGAAGUGUGAGCAUGAUGAGUCCUUCACAGAAGACCUGUAUAUUCCAGUGGUUAAUGAAGCAAGAGAAAAUGCUCUGGGUAAGGUGGUUAUAACUUAAAGUAUGUAUUUUCUUUGAUAAACCAAAAUUCAAAAUGUAACUCUUUGUGUUCGUUGGUAUCAUAGUAUAAUAUCGUUUGAUAAAAUGUUCUGUGAUGUUCUGGCCGAUUAAGACCCUCCAGGCUGAAAUUUGGCCAGUUGAGCACCGUAUAUGUGAGAGCCACCCACAGUUCUACGAGGCUGAAGAAUCAUUUAAGCCGGGCUUUCGCCGAAAAUCAGGGGUUAUUUUACGGUUUUUCAUGGCGGGAGGUAAAAACAGGAUCUUCAACUCAAUCCAGUUUUACUAAGAAAAACUAGAUUAUAUUAAAACGUGAAGAGACAAAAACAAAAACGACAUCCUGAGGAGCCCUUGUUUGGCUGGCAGGAAAUGUUUUUGAGCUAUUUUGAAAAAAUAGCUCAUAUGUCAGUGGUGUGAGCGUAUGUAUCUUUGUGGCUUUGUAUCUUUGUGGCUUUGUAUGUUGGGAUGUUUGUUGCAAGAGCCAAUAAGGUUGAAGGUACUAUGAGUUGAUGCUUAGGAACCAAUGAGAUCUUGGCAUCUAUUUAAACAUGGCAUUGGUAAAGGUCGAACAAGGGCACUUUGAGACCGCCAUCUUGAUCCUUCACAAUUUUUUCUUCUUUUAUUACGGGUACAGGUGUUUGGAAGCAUUACAUAAAAUAUCUUCAUGAUUCAAACGCUGAGAACAGUGAUGCAGCUGUUUAAGGGUUCAUAUUUAAGUUUGGAUGCUGCUUCGAGGCAUUUCUGACCUAAUUCGGCUAUCGGUACAACGCACGUCAGUAUGAGUUCUGUUUCACCUGCUACAACUGGGAAGAGUAUAAAAGAUCAUAUAUUUUCAAAUCUCUUCCAAUGAAGCAAUAAUUAAUAUUUAGAUAUAGACUUUAAUUCGAAAGUAUGCGCCCUAUAAAAUGUGGUUUUAGAAGUUUAAAAGGCAGCUUAUUUUUUUGAAAGCUGUAUCGAGUAUUGCUAAUCCUGUAGACAAGCUUUAAAAAUAUUAUUCUCUCGCUUACAAAGUUCAACCGACCUUUUUCGUUCUAUUUAGUAAAGAUGCAUAACUUAAGUAGAAACAGUAGCGUUAGGGAAUAAAAUUGGAAGAAGCUAGUUGACACAAUAAUUAGAUACUGUUAUAUUGAGUGGAGUAACAUGAUGUAAGUAGAAAUAUAUUUCGGCAGUUUGAUAAUUUUAUUGGAAGUUAAUAAAUGUUAGGCUAUCAACCUUGACGUUGCAUGAAACAUAAUUUAAUUGCAGAUGUUGUAAUAAAGCCGAGGUGAUUUCUUAAAAUCGUUUGAGAAAAUUUUGUAGUAAACAAUUUGCCUCUUUUUUACGAACGAAUUGUGAAAGGGCCAAAGACCAACAUCUUCAAAUGCAAAUUGUGUGCAUGAGUUAUUUUUAUAAUUCUGUUUACUAGAUUACUGUGUGAUAACUCGAAUUCCCUCACGUACGAACGACGAAAGGGGGCAAAGUCCAACACUUUCACGUGCCAGCUGUGUGACUGUACAUCUCAUGCAGAAUGGCUUUUCACAAUGAUAAAUAGUAACUUGGACGUAUGAAGACCUGUUUCCUUUUGUAACCAAUGCCUCAAAAAAGGCUCUUGUCUUUUGAGAAGCAGUGGCUUUUAAAACGUGAAGAAAUAAGUUGUCGGAGUUAAAGACUGUUUCACUGAGUAGAAUCGCACGUGUAAACCUCGUCAAUUAUGAUGAUGCAACCAUCUACCACAAUGAUAAAAAUCCUGGUAUUUCGUAACUAUUCAGUAUUCGAUGAGUCACAUUUUGGCUUACGAAACUCCGAGGAAACCUUAGAGUUUUCCUUCUAAUCAACGUUUGGUGAGUAGAAAUUUAUUUCACUUUAACGAUUUGUUUAACUUGCACCAGAUGUAACAGGGAAAGACAGAGGAAAGUGAAUAAAAAGCUUGAGGAUCGACUCAGCUGAGCGUUUCGCGUUUUCAUUUAUGCACCGCAAUACGCAAUUUCGCACAAAAACCCAAUCUACAUUUAGGAUGAAAGAGGUAGAUUCAUCACUCUUGGUAAGGUUACACCGAAGCACUAAAGUUACACUGAAGCAUUCAAAAUAGCUCAUGCACGUUUAACGUGCCUAUGUUUUGUAUUUGGAUGCCAGUUGAAGAAGAAUAUUAAGCAAAUGACCGAAUUAAGUGAAGUUUAACUUAAUCUCCUCCCUCUCUCAUUCAUUUCAAGCUAUCGCCGCUCAACAGCGCAUGUCAGAACGCGAACUUCAGCGACGGAAGCUGACAGGAACGCUGGCCAGUUGCACAGUCACAGCAAGUGUAGCCGCGCUUGGCCUGGGAGGAGACAGAUUCGUACCCGCUGCUGACAGCAGCACGAGAGAGUCCCUCGAGAAGGAGGUCACUGAAUUCUAUACAGAGCUUAGCUCCAAGUUCUUCCAGGCUCCUACUCAGAUCAUUAUUUCAACCAGCGCUAACAGAAAGAACGGUUAGAUUUGUGGUUGAAACUCUUAAUUAAUUAUUCCUUGAAUAAAAUAAGUUAUUAAAUCCAGCCCAAAGAACCCGAGGUAGGUUAUCUCGAGAUUUCUCGAGGUAUUUCCAGUCUUCUACGUUGAAUAGCCUUACAUACUCGGUGACAGAACUGGCUCCUUAAAAGAAGCUAGUAACCUCAAAUUAGAGGUUGGUACUUUCGCCAACAUGCCUAAAUAUCUUGCAAAACAAUAUGCUUUCAGAAAGUUGAUUUGAUUUUCUUUUUAUUAUUGUUUCAGCUGAGUUGACCUCCACAGCUCUCAAGUCGUUGAAGAACUCAAUCCCACUAUCCGUCACUUUCCAGCCCAAAGGACCUGGGCACUACCCGUGUCAAAUUAUUCUUAAGUCUGCGCAUGAUCUGAGAGUGUACCAGGUGGAAUGUACAGUAACUCCCGAGGGAUCAGCUCUUGAACUGGAAUUUGUGUCACCCACGCAUCAGUCAGUUACUCAAGACAUACCUGUGGUAAAUAUCAUUUCUUAUUCAUUCAUCGUAUUUAAAAAGGAAAAGUUGACUCGUUUAACUGUCUCGUCAGUCAGUGCAAAAGUUUUAUAAUUGUACCGUCAAGCCAGUUACCCACUAAGGCAGCGUGCAAAGAAAGUCGUGUCCGAUAGCCCGGGGCUAGUGGAUUUUGCUAUCGGGCUAGUGAAUUCCGUUUUUAACUUGCCCGACGGGCAAGUGAUGUUUUUUGAGGAAUUCGAAUAACAGAAGAACUAUGAAAUCAAUUCUGCUAGUCAAAAAAUUUUGAGGGGCUAGUUGAAAUGACAUCUGGGCUAGUAAAUGCUAGCUUCAGUUUGCCCGAAUGGCAAGCUGUAAAAAUGAUUUUCUUUGCACCCUACCACUAAUACAUAGGUAUCAUAUCACAAAGAUAUCAUAUUCUUUUUUAGAGUUUUUCCUGUUCACCCGAACACGUAUUUAGGCUGAUUUAGCAACAGAACGGGAACGUCAUUUGACGACGGGAAAGCGCGCGGUAAGGACUAAACUCGACUUCCGGUGCCCAAUUUACCGCUGUGCCAUUGGUCAAGCCAGUUGUUUGAUUUGCGCUCGCCGUCGUCAACUGACGUUCCCGUUCUGUUGCUAAAUCAGCCUUUUAUCGCUCUUCUGACCCACGUGCACCGAGCGCCACCAUAUUGGAAAUUGAUUUGGACAUAACUAGGAGCAGAUCUCUUAUGAAUCAAUAUCGAUAUAAUAAAAGUCAUACUGGGCUCCGAGGCUUAAUUUUUGUAAGGAAUGACAACUUGCUGGGCCAUCGUCCAGAAUGACGUGACAUAUCCGGGAACUUUAUGCGCAAUCCUAGCGCCAGACUUCAAAAGAUAAUCAGCGAGCCGAAAUCCAAACAAAUAAAGAGAAAACAGACAAAAACUGGCUCUGACUCUCGCUAAGCGGCAAAGUUGGUCAGGUGAAACAUGUUUGUUGCAGAGAAGCGUAAGAUUAUAUUGUACUCAUUUCUUUUAGGUUAACCAAAGUAAUCAAGAUUGGCAUUUGGCGGCGACCAUAGAGGGGGAGGGUUUUUACGGACCUCCUGUUAUGGUUGCCAAAUCACACCUCUCCACCCACUACCCCCUGAUGUUUAGACCCUCCUACGAGGGUAACGUAGAGGUGAGUGCUUGAUUGCUGAGUAAGAACGGAUCUUUGAGGGUGGGGAGUGUGACGUCUUUGGACUACUUCCUCUCGCCUCUCAGUAUCCCUCACCUCUUGAUAUUAGCGAACUUAAGCAACGAAAACGUUGACGUUCAUGAUGUCAAAAAAGAAAACAAGAGGAAGUUAAUCGUUUCCCUCUUACAGUGGUCUGACUGGAUAAAGUCAUACUACAGGAGUUAAGUAAAGCUGUUGUUGUUGUUGUUUUUUUAAUUUGUUUUGUCAGACAGAGGCGUUCAUUCAAGGGAAAAAAACCUCCGGUUGCUAUUUAUGAAGUCCUGGAUGCCAGCGUUCUCGGGUUAAAGCUCCCUAUUAAUAUUUAAAAACCUCAAUUUGACGAUGUGUAGAAGAUUUAACGACUAUUAUUCAAUCAAGUUUGCUAAGUUUUCCAUAAGAAUAAUACGGGCUCCAUACACACUCCAUAUAUCACUUUUGAUAUUUACUUGAGGGUCCGCAAUUGGGCUUUGCUAAGUUUGAAAGUUUUGAUAUCUAUGCGUUUGUCUCAUCACUCAGGGAAGGCUGGUUCUGACGAACACAGUAGAUGGUACGGAACAGGUCUAUAAACUGUUAGGAACAGGACAGAAACCACUUCCACGUGAUCAUAUCUUGAUAGAGUGUCCCGCAAGAGAAAGGUGACGAUAACAAGCCUUACAAACCUCUAACAGUCUUUGGAGAGGCAUACUGAAACUCUUUAUUUUUAAAAAAAAAGACUUGUGCCUAGAUUGAUUCUUUGUCUUAAGUGUUGCGUCGUUUCAGUUUAUGCUUGUUUGUCUUUGCUAAGAUCUAUCAGUCCGCAAUUUUAUAGCCUGUCAGCAAGCUCUCCAUAUGGCAGGCGAUGCGAACCUUGCGAGAACUGCGGCGCGAAAUGCUUGCAGCUAGCAGUUUUAACUUGCCUUUACCAUAUAAUAAGCUCAACCCUAGUUUUAGCGGUGAUUAGUUCGAUUAUUAUACGUAAAUUUAGCACUCGGGUCUCCAAUAUUUUGUCCUGUUGUUUAACUUGUUGUUUUGUCUAUGGACGAACGAGAGCAUUACAAACACGGAAUAAGUCCAAAAUAACAAGUGAAAUAAUUUGUUCUGUUAACAGUGCCACCUACACCCUGCAAGUACCGAACGUGACAAGAAACAAACUCGUUUUUCAGGUUUGUAUAGAAACUUCUUACCCCAAUAUUGAAGGUCUCGAAGCACUACGGAAUGAAUCAGGAGACACAGAAGCCAGGCUGUAUGUUCUGCCUUAAAGCUCCUAUCUGCCGAGGCGUUGUCAGCUAAAAAGUGUCACAUAAUCCAGAAUUAUAAGAAGUCGACUUGUGUUGUUUCAUGUUCGCUUUCAUUUGAGCUUGACACAUAUAAGUAGUUUUUAUUAUGUCAUAAGACCAAACUAUUACUAGUCCUUUCGGGGGACGGGGUGGGGAUGAUAAUUUUGGAAAAUAGUAACAGGAGUAUGCGAAGUUGUUAUACCUCAGGAAAGCCAAAACCGGACUCCAAACGUCUAUCGGUUCAGGAAAAGGACACGGGGAAAGUCCUUCCACAAAUAAAUUGGUUUUAAAAGCUGAGCGGAUCGAGACAUUUGAAAUUUUUUUUUCUUUAAAAAUGAUAGCCCUAGGGUGGCCUUUCUGUUUUUCGAACUGAAAAAUGUCUGCACCGAUGUCUUCUUUUUUUCGAAGUAUUAAUUUUAGACCUAAAAACAUGAUGAGUCGACACCAAGUAAGGGAUUGCCCAUCCCUGUCUCUAUUACACCUGAGUAACCCCUAUGAGCUGACCAGUUAAAGCAUAUUUACACACACCAAAUGUACCAUCCAGAAAUCGAAAACAGGUCAAUGUAACUACAGCAGUAGCAACAAGCACCGGGCUUUAAGUGUAGUUCCAGUAAGGGCGCGAACUUCUGUUUGUUUUUUGUUUGAAUUCUUUGGGUGGCAAAUUGCCAAACCUGUGUCAAGGUUCUUGUGGUUUCUUGUUAGGUGAAGACCGACUUGGACAUUGUCAGUGGCCCAGCUUCAGUAACAAUUCUUCCUGGCAAAACUGCUGAGCACGUGAUAACGGUCUCACCCUGGAAACGAGGCGCUUUUACUGGAAUUGUUUCAUUUGAAUCAUCCGGGGACUCGCCUGGAGCAGCGAGGUGAAUACAUUCAAACUGAAAAAGUAGCUAAGGAAUCAUGAACAUUAAAAGACUUACUGAAUUCUGUUUCUGUGGUUUGUUGUGUAAAGUGGUAUAAUAAUAGAUCUAUUUGUUUUAAGGGUACAAGUUGAUGAGGAAGAUGAAGACGGUCAAAAUGUUCCCUUUAAAGCUCAGGAGCUCGCAUCUGAUCCACGCCAGAGGCCCUAUCGCUUAUGGUACACUAUUGAAGUUCAAGCCUCAGCACCUCCGCCUGAAAGAACCUUAGAAGUCACGUGUGCUGCACACUCCGUAGUAGCAGUAGACAUGGCGGUGACGAAUCCCACCCGCGAAAGGAUUGUUAUGGAUGUACUUAUUGAAGGGGUGGCUUUAUCUGGUGAGCCCACGGUCAUUUUGCAUCCAAGGCAACAAGUUACAUAUCACGUGACAUUUUCGCCAACCAUCAUUGGUGAACACACUGGAAGGUAGGCGGGUAUAAGUCUUAUCUCUAAAACUUUGCUCACAGAAAAAUGGAAGACUUUAGGCAACCCUCAAAGUUAAAAUUUUUGUUCAGUGGCCAUUUGGCGAUCAGCUCUUUGGGUUUAGUUGCCAGGGGAAAUUUUUAGGCGCCAAAUUAUAUUAAUAAAUUAAUAUAUCAAAAUUGUCCUUAACAAAAGCAGUUAGCAAGUUUAACUUAAAAUGUAGCACUGUCUAUAAAUUACUCGUUUACUGUGCAAGGCAUUAGUUACUGAUAGUCUGAGAAUAAGGUUUGCAGAUUCAUCUCCUUGAAUCAAUGCUGAAACGGAAUUGUAAAGACAAUUACCAUUUCCAGUUGUCUUUAGGGCCUUCAAUCAUUCUGUAUAAUCUCCAGUUGGUAUAUGAGAGCAGAACUUAACUCAUCCUCUGUUAAUGUGUUCAAAAUUUCCCAGUUGCAACUUGAUAAGCGACCUAUUUUUUUUCUGAUAUUUGUUUCGCAUAUCUUUUUAGAGAUAACGUCGCGCACUUAAAAAUACUCCGCAACGAGUUGUACUGGGAAAAAAUGUUUUUCCCAAUCAAUUGAAAUGAACCCAAACAAAAAUGCCGCUUACGAAAUAAUAAAUUUUCUUUUCCCUUUAUCAUCGCUAUAGGUGUUAAAAAAAACAUUUUUUGCAACAACCAUAAGCUGUCAGUUUUGCCAUGUUUAGUUUCGCUUACAAUCAUCGCAUUUGUUUACAAAACCGCGAUUCAACUCGCAGCACGGUUCACAUGUUACGGUUAUCACAUAAUGUUCUGUGUUGAAUUUGCACCAAUUUAGCUUUCCCUCUUCAUGUUAUUAGAUUGUUUCAGUAUUGAUUCAAAAAUAUUUAUAAUAUGUAGUCCAGUUAAAAAACCACCGAACUUGGCUAGACAAGCAUUCCUAAGAUAUCGAAGAAAUCGUCACUGUCGACAAGCAAGGUGCUUCGAUUGCGUGCCAUUUUUCACGUGUCAAAAGUUAAAAUUUCACGUGCAAGGCAACAGACUGAAGGCGAUUAGGCGAACGAAUGCAAGUCAAGUUUCAUUGAUGUUCAUUUUCAAAACGCUUAGCUCUGGGACUUUUUUAAGUUUUCAAUUUAUAAUAUAGCAUGUUUUUCAACGGAAAAGUAAAAAAGUAAUGUAAUUCAAACCAGCUAGAAUAAAUGUUCUUCAGAUUUCAGUAGAAGUGAUUACCAUUUCUGUUUCUAUACGCCACAACACGAAUCUGUUCUUCACGGUCGCCAGCUUGGCAACUAAUCUCCAAAUCAACUCGCCAGUUCCAAAAUUUUAGGCGCCAUGGCGACUAAAAUGGUCGCAACUUGGAGGGUUGUUAGGACUCUUAAAGUACUUUGCAGAUAAUACUUUUCACUCUUUUACGUUCCACUUGCAGUGUGGUUUUCCAGAAUGAAGCUGUGGGGGAAUUUUGGUAUAACCUGAUACUGAAAGCAACCACGCCUCUUCCGGUUACCCUACCCUCUAUUCACUGCGAAAUUGGCAAGUAAGUGUUAAUCAAGGUUGCGUUCGAUUGAUCGUAUUCUGGGAUAAAAUUGCACAACAGUUUUGUGGCAAAUCUCUUGUGCUGUAAUUUUUGGACCAUCGUUUCCAGCAGAUAUAUAGAGAUUGCAACGCAGUGAAUGCCAAAACAAGUGAAUUUUAGAGUAUAUUCCAUUUAUUCCCGGGCCUAUUUCGGAAUACGCCGGUCAAUCGAACAAACAAACAUCAAGUAGCUAUGAGAAUUUUUAUCAUUUGAAAAAUAUAAUGUGGUGUGUGAGGCUGUAAGUCCAAGCCUAAUCACAUCGUUCAAUGCUUGAAAAGUCAAUUUAGUCUUUUGAAACUCUUAGAAUCUCAACCGACUGAGUUCCGUUUUUUUUUUCUCAGCUCCACCUAUCAGAUGAUUCGCCUACGGAAUCCAACAGAUGAGUCACUGGUGCUUACUCCUCACUGCUCCAAUACUAAUAACUUCAGCCUUGAGCUUGACAAUUCCAAACAGAUUCUCCUGGCAGCUGGCAGUGUGUUAGAAGUGCCGCUCAAGUUUACUCCUUCAGCCAUUGGGAAUCUGCAAUCCGCGGAAGUUUCCUUCCACUGCCCUCAGGUAAAAUGUCGAUCUGCUUGAUAUCACCUUGAUGUCUUUAGCUGAAAAUACUUUUUUUGUAACAUAUCUCAAACGAGUGAUUUAACAAGAAAAACAACGUGCAAGCGUUCGAGUAGUGGCUUAACUGAGUUGGUAGCGUGCGGAAAAUCCCAUUCGCAAAAACCAAAACGCCCCGUGUUCUCCUCGCUUUGUUUUUUCUUUGAAAUACUCGUAAUUUCCAGGGUCGUUUUCGGUUUUUAAAAUGGCAGAGACAAGAAGACAAGAUAACGAGAAGACCCUCGAAAGGAGGUUGUACACUGACACUAGGUUGUAUUCGCAACCUGAUCAUUUCCCCCAACAAAGCUGGAACAGACAAAAUCAUCUGACUGAAACUGAGGAUAUUUUCUCAAUCACACUCGUGCACUUUAAGUAGCCUUUCAUUUUGUUCUGUUGGAGGUUUACUCUGCACCGGGUCGAAAGUUUUGCAUGGAAGUAUUCAAAUUUGUACGCAAAGUAACAUCAAUUCUUUUUUCGCCAUUGUAGCUUGGAAACUGGGUAUUUCACGCGCAUGGUACCGGGAUGAUGCCUGGUACUAUGGACCCUAUCAAUAUCUACUCUGAGCUUGGUGGAAAUUCUUCAGUUAUAAUUCCGUUUAGAAACCCAACCGAAAGACAAGUGGUUGUUGAUAUCAUUAUGAAGGAACGGCUCUUGUCGAGGAGUGGUGAGAUUUUCAUUGUUACUUUUGUGAUAUAUAAUAUUGUAGUAUUUACCAAAUCAGUGAAUAGCAAUUUUCGGCGUUUUGAUUGGCUCCCGUAACUCGGAAUAUCCUUGGCUAUUCACUGUUUUGCGACCGGAGCCAAGAUGGCGUGUCGUUUCAAGACAUUUUCCGAUGACGAAAUUUGAGCGAUAAGUGAAGCAGUCGUACAAACAAAUACCAAGAAAGCGACGAACUUUGGCUUCUCGGUGUUAACUGGUAGGUAGAAAAAUUAUUUUCAUGCUGAAUAUACAACAAAAUCGUAAAAAUGCAUUUGACAAAAUCCCCGAAAUCUUUGCAAAUUGUAAACAAAGUUCCUACUAAGUGACGUUUUUAAUCUACAAAAAUUUACUUUUUUUGUUUGUUGUCUAACUGAUUUGGUAAAUACUAAAACAAAAAACCCCCUCAGGGGUCGGUGAACAGCGCUAGAUAUGAACCUCGACGCUUCGCGUGUCGGUAUAAUGCCUUUUCACCUCCCCUUCGGGGCAUAGUUGUAUAAUAUCACAAGUAUAUAUAUAAAUAAAUAUAUAAGGGACUGGUCAAAAAGUAUAGGUGGGGGUGGGCCGGAGCAGAGAGGGGGUGGGUCAUGAGGUUUUGAGCCUUGCGCAAGGGGUGGGUUGUGCAAUUUUCAGCUACCCUUAGGGGGUGGGUCACCCUAUUUUAUUACAUAGAUAGGCACUAACUACUAACGAGACAGUUGACCACACUUGUUAUAUAAAACACAGCCAGCUGUGACAGACACAUCUAUACGGGCAUGAAACCCUUAGUUAAACUUUUUUUUUUGCGCUAACAAGCAUGUCCUUUAACGAUUUUACUUUUUUGUAAGGUUUUCUUUCAAAGUUUGUGGUUAGCCUCUGUCCAUCAAGCGGUUUUUUUUUAAUUUUGAAUUAUUUUCCUCAAAGGUUGUUUUUGAGGAGUUUUUUCGUAGGAUUCUCAAGGCUUCUCCUUUUUAACACUUGGAGGGUGACACGAGGUAAAUUGAGAGUGCAAGAAGGUUUCCAUUUGUUUAAAAUGUGUCUUUGCAUCAAGGAUAGAUUUUUCUUUGACUCUUGCGCCUUUGUAUACAGCCGUAUCUAAAAACGCAGUCUCAGUGUCAAAUGUUUCGGCCGUGAAUUUAAUAGUUGGGUGAUGUAAGUUUGCUUGUUCAAUGAAGGCUUCAAUGUCUGGUUUACUCAUGUCCCGUAGGGAAAAGGUAUUGUGUAUGUAGGAUUUCCACAAACUGUUGUUCUAAAGAUGGUUUUGCUUAGAGUUGUUGUUUCAAUAUACGCCUUGAAAAUGUUGGCAAAGGAAUCAAAACUGCUGUCUUUACGCCCACUGCAGUUCCAUGGUUUUGUGGGUAGCACUUUCCAUUGAUGUGGAAGAAAUUUUCUUUGAGGACUAUUCUAAGCAUUUCCGGCAAGUAAUGUGAAGGAAUGGGUUGUCUUUGUAGACAGACAAUUUCAAUAUACCCUCGUUUUGCGGUAUAUUUGUGUCAAGACUCAUAACGUCCAUCGAAACAAGAAAUGUUCGGUUUUUCACAUUUGUCUUUUCAGUGAAAGGUAUCAUGUCUGUGAUUUUGAUAUUGGUUGUAGCAGUGUAUCAACAAAUUUUGUAAAACACAGAACAAGGUUUUAUUGGAUUAUUAAGAGGAAACCAAACAUUCAUGUUUUAACAAGGGGGUGGGUCAUGGAAUUUCCAGCCUUGCUUUAGGGGUGGGUCAGUCAUUUUUGUGCCGAAGGGAAGGGGUGGGCCAUGUGCUUUUUAUCAACCACAUUUCCAAAUGCUCCGGCCCCCCCCCCUUCCUAUACUUUAUGACCAGUCCCUAAUAUAUAGUAAAUAUGCUUAUGUAUAUAAUAUUAAGCAGAAACAACAUAACACCAUAGGAUUUUUUUCAUACUGAAGUUAUGUAGCGCUUUUGAUACGUGUACGUGUAUAUGCUUUUAUUUUAUCUGUUACCUUUUAUUAAUCUUCUUUCAUUUACUUUCAGGCGGCUUGUUUAAUAUGCGUCUUGACUCGCAGCCUGAAGCCUCGGUCUUCUGCCUUCUUCUCAAACGCGCUAAAAGCAUCCCGCUGGAGCCUGGUGCGACUCUGGAUAUCCCAAUCUCCUUUGACCCAGACACCAUGCAGAUGUACGAGGCUACAGUAACAGUGACCAUUCACAAAGAAGACCCUGAGGACUCUUGGAAAGGCGAUUAUCCGAGCAUGAUGAGCACCCGUAUGGUCAAUGACCUUCACUGGAUAUUUCCGGUUCGGGGAAUCCCCGAGUCCUAUCCCAUCAAGGCGUCCCAGGCCCCUUGUGUAGAGUGUAAGGCCCGGAGCCGCGUGGAAGAGAGGGUAGAGGUGACGCUGACCGGGUUGUCCCCUAAUACCGCGGGCUCCGGCUUAGGGCGUUAUCCAAGUAUUACUCCGAUUAAUUUGCUGGGACGUCACGUGCCUGGAGAAAUGGAAUAUGGAGUUGAUUACUUGAACGUACCAGAAGAAUUUAGGUAAUUAUAUCUCUUCAUAACAAAUAUAGCAUCAUCUUGUUUAUUAACCUUUUCACUCCUAGAAAUUUUGUCGAAAAACAUCUUUUGAAGCUAGUCGAGAGGCAUCAGGCCAAAAGAGACAAAACCUGCCCAAAACGCUGUUUGUACAUCGACGUUUUCUGUCCCUAAUGCAAAAUAUCAGCUUUGAAAGUUCAGGCAUGCGCAGAAUGUGAUUUUUAUCUUUCGCGUUUCUUAUUCGUAUCCUUUCCUAUUUUUUCCCUCCUUGGACUUUUACUUGGCUUCAUUUCUUUUUGUAGGGAACUUUCUUUUGGAAAACUUGUAGGGUCGUAGAAUUACAUAAUGUAACGUAGGAGGGUAGUGGUUCAAGAUUUCCAUUGGUCAACUUAUCAUGGGUUUUAACCUUCCUUUUCCAGCCUGUUUGGCGUAAUUGUCUUUGUAACCCGUAAAAAAGUUACAAACAAAUCACAGCAUGUUAUUGUAAAAACUUGUAAGAUAGGUUAAGCCACGUACUAUCCUUAGAAAUUCACAAUUGAGAAUGGUGUCAUGCAUGAUGAUACCGAAACGUCGGCUGUUAACGUUAACAUUCGCUUGCUUAAAAUUCACAAUCUUUAUUUAUGCUUCAGAUACGAACUCAUUUUUGAAGACGCCGAAAGCCAAUCCUGUCUGGAGAGGUCAUUGGGUGUAAGUCUGUUAAGAAAGAUGAAAAAUCAAGUUUCUGGAGUAGUCAUUCUCGUGUUUAACUUCGUGUUUUCACCAUUCAAGCCAUUCAGGUAACUUCAAAAUGUUUCGGUCUUGCAUUGAAUUUUAGUCCUGUGUUAUACCAUAUCCCAUUGCUCCAAACUGAUUUUUUUUAAGUUAAUUAACUGUUAUUGAAGAAGGCUGAGUAUGAUGUGAAGAAAUAUGCAGGUCGAGGUGGAUAGCAUCCCCUGAGAUCAGCAUAAUUCUUCACAUCAUAAGAAAGCCGAAUUCAAUAUUUGCUUUACUGUUUAUUAAAAAUAUUUCUAAGUUCUUAAGAAGGUUGCCUCCUCUAUUUGCCUAUUUCUUGGCACGGUUUCAGGAAAUCCUCUCCAAAAGGUAGAUAUCAUCCAUGGAGCAAUAUGUUUUGCGUUUUCUUUUAUUUCUUCCGUUCAGUCUUCAGAAAUUCAGCUAUUUCGUCUUCGGAUAGCUUUGGAAGCAAUUUUUUGUAGUUCACUCGUGAAUAGACAACAAGGUGGCAGCUCCUGGAAAGAGGUAUUGCCCGAGCAGCCUCGUUUCCAUGCAAAUAUACCAUCGAUCAAUCUUGUUUGACAACAAAUAUACUAUGGAAUCGAUGGUAUCUUGCUCGCAUCUUCCAAAUUUGGUCAAGGUCAUUAGCCGUAAAAGAAAUGCUCAACAGCAUUGCUUCCGACGACCAACAAAAUGAUUUCGAGCCACGCCUUGCUAGAUAGACCACUUAACGUGCCAUUUUGAGCAUUCGCUCACGGCAGGUCCAACUUUUAUUUUUAAGGUGAAACAAUUUAUAGGAAUUUACUUUGAUAUAGUCAGAUCUGAAUUCAAAUUCGGAUAAACACUGUGUUACCUCAAGUGUUUUUUGAAUCACCGGACUCUAAAUGCUAUAUCAUGCUUUCAUCCAGUCACUGGUGCGAGGGGAACUGACAGGUUUUUUUCUCGUUGCUGUUCGUUUUUGCAGCCACAAGACACAGCUGAUGAUCACGGCCGCUUCUGGUGGAGUGUGGAGAUUUCCCAUCCGAGUGUUAGCUACUGAACCGGAAGUAGAAGAUGUAAUUACUAUCGAAUCUGUUGGUCUAAAUAAGGAAUCAGUUGUGGGCUUCAGGAUGAACAGUCAAAUGAGGUGGGUGUAUGGGGCGUGAUCGGAUCACGUGAUUAACGCAAAAUCUGCUGCAUUCUCUGUAUCACAGUUCCUUUAGGAGCAAGGAUUAGAGCAGUUGGUUGGUGUGUGCCUCUCGUGCAAGAAUUCCCCAGUUCAGUCCCCAGGGGGUAACCUCGUCUUUGUUUCGACUCCUUUCCUUUCCUUGUAUCUACGAGUAGCUUUGAGCAGCCUAUGAACAGCCACCCCCUCCACUCAGAAAAUUGGGGGGGGGGGGUGGUUAUACACAGGCUGUGCUUUGAGUACCUUUUAAUAUCCGUCAAAUGGGGUAAGGCGGACCGGAGGAAGAUGAGGGCACCGUCGACCUCAGGUUUGUCAGUCAGGCCCCGGUUGUUCAAACGUUGGAUAGCGCUAUCCCGCGGAUAAAUCUCUAUCCAGUCGAUAAGUAUUACGGAAAUCAAUUACGCUAUCCGCUGGAUAGUGAUUUAUCCGGUGGAUAGCGCUAUCCAACGUUUGAGCAACCGGGGCCAGAUGAUGACUUUUUCGAGCUAACGACGUAAAAUAUAAACUCUUCACGGUUACCUUUAUUAUCUUCGCCCUUUUAUAUAGUAAAUUUACUUUGCAGAAUAACAACUGUAUAGUCUACCUUUUUUUCAGGCACACCCUUCCAUUCGAGGCCUUCUUCGCUCCCAGUUCUGACACGGACUUCACAGUCACCGCAGCAUACGGGGAACUUCCUCCAUCUGGUACUGAAGGAACACUGAUCAAGGUGGCAUACAAGCCUCAAAUAUACGGCAAGACGCACAAGGCUAAACUGGUGGUUCAGGUAAGAUCUAUUAGCCUCAACUGACCCUUGUUUCCCACUCGACCCCAGAUCCUCUCAAUGCGCUGAAAAAGCACGAAAACUUUAGGGCGAUGAGUGAUGACAGAAAUGACCUUCUCCCGCCCUUUUUGUUAUCAUGCCCCACAUAUGGCUGAGUUUUUUCUAGUCUCCCAUGAUUCUUCUUGUCUACUUACAAAUGACAAAAGUUGUGCUUGGCGACUAUCUUCGUUUUGCUGAUAAAGUUCAUCAUGUUGACAAUAUCUGUGAGGCGUUUUUCGUUUGAAUUCUCAGCUAUAGGACGGGGCUAGUCGCUAAUUAUAUUAACGAGGUUAAAAACAUCAACUUUCAAUAAGUUUCCUGGCCAAAGCAUGAUCAUUUCAUUAAGUCCGCAUUUUUCUUGGUUUUCUCGCAGACAUCAGACAUGCAGUGGACGUAUGAUAUUCUAGGUACAACCGCUGACUACAAUCCGCCAAACGCGCGGGCAAGAAUCACGUCCACCAGUGCAAACUCGGCGCGCCGGAUAGUGAAGCAGAAGAAGAACUAUGUACUAGAGAACUUGAAGCUACAGAGUACAGCAGUGUCAUCCCCAUAUAAGGGAGUAAGACUUGUGUCACGCUCAGCUAGAUAA